CAAAUCUUACACGAUGGCAAGUAAAAGAAAAGGACUCCUGGAAAGGCUGGGAGACAAUGAAUUUGUUAUAGCUGCAGAAGGCUAUGCCUUUUAUUUUGAACGAGCUGGUUAUCACAAGUCUGGCCUCGGUGUUCCAGAGGUCGUUCUUGAUCAUCCCGAAGUCGUCGAGCAUGCGUACAGGGAGUUUGUCCACGCCGGAAGUGAUGUCAUUGUAUCGUAUACGUAUUAUGGUCACCGCGAGAAGUUACGUCUCGCUGGCAGAGAAGGUGACAUAGAGAAAUUGAAUAAAACUGCACUGAACUUAGCAAGAAAGGUUGCUGAUGAGACAAACACACUAGUAGCAGGGGAUUUGUCUAAUACGAACAUUUAUCAUCCUGAUCACCCAGAAAGAAAUGAUAAUAUAAAGGCCAUGAUGAAGGAGCAGACAGAAUGGGCCGUUGAGUGUGGUGCUGAUAUGAUAGUCGCUGAAACAUUCACUUAUUUCGGCGAGGCAAUGUUGGCUCUUGAGGUUAUUAAGUCAUACGGUAAAGGUUUGCCAUCGGUGAUCACUUUGGCACCGUUCAUAGUUCCAACAAUGGAUGGGCAUGCAAUCACCGCAGACAAACUGCUAGUGAGUGAGGCGUGUAAGAAACUACAAGAAGCAGGGGCCGAUGUCGUUGGACUUAAUUGUGGGCGUGGUCCGAAAACAAUGCUACCACUGCUAAAAGAAAUUAAAGAAGUGUGCCCGGGACCUCUUGCAGCACUGCCCGUACCUUUCAGGACUACCAGUAAAGAACCUACAUUCUUCAUGUUGACGGAUCCUUUGACAGGCAAGAAAGUGUUUCCUGGAGAUGUGGACAUCCACAGCUGUACACGAGAAGACAUCAACGAGUUUGGCGAAGAAUGUAAACGGCUAGGGAUUCAGUAUAUAGGUUUAUGUUGUGGGAAUCGUGCAUAUUAUACACGUGCUCUGGCCGAGUCGUUAGCACGCACACCUCCGGCUAGCCAGUACUCACUGGAUAUGUCUAAGCAUUAUGUCUACGGUACUGAUGCUAAAGUGAAGAGAGAUGUUGCUGACGAUAGUCUAAAAUUAUACCACACACUCGGUGAAAUUGACCACAUUUAA